AUGUCCACGCACGACCCAGAAGCCGGGUCCGCGUCCGCCGGCGACGGCGACCCCCGCUUCCACCACAACCCCGCGCGGAAGAAGCGGACGCAAACCUUAGCCUUUGCAUCCUUGCUCGUGUUCGUCGCGACGCUCCAGAUGCUCGUCUAUCACAUGCACCACGUGCGUCACCACGUCGGGGUGUUUCGGAGGAGCGCGCGGGAGCGCGAGCGGGUGGUGCUGCCUCGGGACGAGACGGACGUGGGGGAUUGGGCCCUCGCGGGCGGCGACGUCGGGGGCGGUUUCCGUCGCGAGGGAGGUGGGACGGGCGAUGAGGAGUUUGAGCGAGGCGUCGGCCGCGGCGGCGGCGGCGGCGUUCGGUUCGAAUCGAGGGGCGAUGAUGGACAGGGACUCGCAGACGACGCGCGCGGGGAGAGACGCGGCGGGAGCGCCGGCGGAGGGAGUCUCUACAACGCCGAUAGGUAG